AUGCGGAAAUACAACCGCACACUAAAGUCUCUCAAUGAUGACAACGAAAGAUUCAAGUAUGGAGGAGCUCCAGGAGGACCAGCAUUCCCUGGACAAGCUCAGGAUCCUUUGUAUGGAUAUUUUGCUGCAGUAGCAGGGCAGGAUGGACAAAUAGAUGCUGAUGAGCUACAGAGAUGUCUCACCCAGUCAGGGAUUGCAGGAGCGUAUAAACCUUUCAACUUAGAGACUUGCAGACUCAUGAUCUCAAUGCUGGAUAGGGAUAUGUCUGGCACACUGGGAUUUAAUGAGUUUAAAGAACUCUGGGCUGUGGUCAAUGGCUGGAAGCAACACUUCCUAACUUUUGACAAUGAUAGAAGUGGUACAGUGGAUCGUCAAGAACUGGAGAAAGCCUUGAUGAAUAUGGGAUUUAGACUGAGCCCACAGGCAGUGACUGCAAUCACAAGGCGAUACAGCACACGUGGAAAGAUUACAUUUGAUGAUUACAUUGCCUGCUGUGUGAAACUCAGAGCUCUCACUGAAUGUUUUAGAAGAAGGGAUACAACUCAGCAGGGUUUUGUGAACUUCCAGUAUGAUGAUUUCAUACAGUGUGUUAUGAGCAUCUGAAUCGAAAGGACAGAAGCCAUGGAUGACCACAAUUAACAUUCCAGUUUGUGUUUUGCUUUGCCAAAUCUUCCAAUGAUUGUGCCUCUCAAUAUGGAAACUGCUUAUUUUAUGAAGGUUUCUCUUCACACACUUGCAUUUUUUAGCUUUGACAGUGACUAUAAACUACUCAUGUACUGUCAUCAUUUAACUUUCAACCUGUGACUAUUAAAGAUGAUUUUAUUUUCACAAAUUUGCAAUUCACUAUGUAUAACUUGAAUUAUGCAGAUAGUAAGUUUUUCUGUAGUGUUUUAUUUUUUUCCCGUGAUUCACUAAUACCAGUUCCUGGAGUGCAGCUUGCCUUUUUCUGUCAUGUGUAUGACAUAAGAUGAUAGAUACUCUUCUGUCUUUGACAGCACAAGAUGCGUGUACAUUUUUUUUGUGUUUGGAAUGAUCAUUUUACGCUGGUCUGUUAGAACAUCAGUAAGUUUAAGUUGCUUAUUUUGGCAGGUAGUGAUUUCCAAGAUGAAGUCAGUAAUAACCAUGCACUGAGCGUAAGACUACCUGUUAGAACUUCAGGGAUGCGACAAAGCAUAGCAGAGAACUCUUCUAGCAGUGUGCUCUUGUAUAGGGGGCUCUUGUUCCAGUAAGAUUCUUGCUCUGUUUGUGUCACUAUAUAAAACACUUUUAAAAAAAACUAUGCUGUGUCAGUUUAUACAUUGUUUCCCUUUAACAGUGAACUUCUAAGCUACCAGACUUCAGUUGCAGGUAAAUUAAUGUUUCUGUCUGUCUCCUCUGCUGUAGCCCCUAACAAGUAGCCUUUCCUGCCUCUGUAUGCCAAGUAACACACAAUCCACUUUGAAAAAUUCUUGCCAGGUUGCUGUUUCAGAUCACAGCAGUAAUUGCCAAUGCCGUAGAAUUUCCAUGAAAGCAGAUACAGAAAGGCAAGACUUUUUUGA